GAAAAACGACUUAUAUAUAAAUUUUUACACCUUUUUUUUGGAAUUUAAUACUAAAUUAAAUUCAAUAACAUAAAUUAAAUAAUUUUGUGAGAUCUUUAGAUAAAUAUUAAGUCAUAAAUAAAGUGAAUUUCGCUCAAAAAUAUUUUAUUUCAUAGUAAUUAUAAAAAUUUUCGUAUCAUAUAACUGUAGAAGAGCUACUAUUUUCAUUAUGAGUCAUUUCAUCCGAAAGUAGUAAUAUGGAAGAAGUAAUGGUAGUUAAGGCUAUGACAAAUCUUAUUACUAGCUUAAUGAUUAUGGAAGUUAGAGAUAUUAUUAUAAAAACAGAGGAUAUCGUGUUGAUGGAGGUAGAGGAAGCUCUCCUUAUAAAUAUAGAAAUUAUUCAGAAAAUGCAGAUUUUGAUUAAAAAGAUGAGUAGUUUACAAACGAUCCUAGAGUUUUUUUUGCUUAAAAACCAUCUGAAGAUAUAGAAAAAGAUAUGAAUAGCAUGAUUUAGUACUACUAGAAUAAGUACAGAAAAUUAUUUGAUAGAGAAUAAUUAAAGAGAGGUAUUGAAGAGGACAUAUAUAAAGUGAAUCCAUAGUUGGAGCAUUAUGAUAUGAAUAGGUUAAUUAAGAUAAGGUUAGUUUUUGAAGAUAAAUAAACUGAUAAGGUAUACACAUAAAAGAACGAGGAUUUAUUUUAAUUCGAUGAAGCAGACCUAAAGAGAUUCUUCCAUGUAUUUGGAAAGAUAGAGAAAAUUGUAAUUAAAGAUAAAUGUGUAAGCUACAUUUUCUUUUAGGAUUUAAUAUCAGCAUUUUGUGCCUAAAGGGCGAUGAACAAUUUCGUUUUAGAAGAUAUUAAUGCUAGGUUAGAAAUUCAACUUUGUGUUGAGGAUCCUGACGAAUAAAAUGAAAAUAAGUUAAUUGGCCAUUUCAUGCAUGAAACAAUAAAAGAUGAAGUUUACUUGAUUCGGAUUUCGACUUUAGAAGAUGAUAGAUAGAUGAAGUAACUAGUAAGCAAAUAUAAAUAUACCAGUAUGUUUACAAUGGAAAUAAAUGAUCCAGAAUUUCAUUUAAAAGAAAGAAUUAUGGGAGCUUCGGCAUCUAAUUUUUUUAGGUUGUUUUAUUUAUGUGAGAAGAAUUCUGUUGAAAUUGGAAACGGUAAAUAAAAUUCACAAACUGGUGGAAGUGAAGAUUUGGUUAUUUCAUUAAAUCAAGCCAAAGAAAUAAGAAGUCAACAACAGAAUAACAAUAUUAGUAAAACAAGCAAUGGAAACAACAGCAAUGUAGGAAGUAGCACGAAUUUGAGCACAAAUUAGCCAAAUACAGCAAAUACAAAUAAACCUAUUAUAGCUAAUAGUAAUAAUUCAAAUAAUAAUAGCAACGCGGUUAGUGUAAACAACUAAAAUAGUGGAAAUAAUAUUAGUAAUAGUAGUGGUAAUAACAAUAACAAUUCAUCCUAUAGUACUUCUGAAGAAAUUACUUUCAGAAUGAUUGUUAAUGAUAUGAAAUAAACAUAAAAUGAAGUACUUAUUCUCUCAAAUAAUUUAGAAAAAUAUAACACAGCCAUAAGAUACAUGCACGAGCUUCUGGCUUAGGUAAACGAAGAAUACAGGCGCUUUUGCGAGUUCUAAAAGAAAAUAAAUCCUGGCCCUUUACAUAUAAAGCGUAUUGAAAAAUUUAACUUAGAUCCUGAAUUAACAUUUAUUUCUACUAAAGAUUUGUUGAAUAAAAGCUUAGCUGGAAAAGAAAAUAAUAUAUAAAAAGGAGAUGGAUCCGAUAAAAUCAGCAUCGGCUCCACCUCUUUGUAAUUUGUAAACAACAGUAAUAAUAUUAAUAAUAAUAAUAAUAAUAAUUAGUCUAUGUAAAUAGAAUACUCCUCUUUCAGCAAUUAGACUGGAGUAGGAGGUUCAUAAGAUUUUUAAUAAAAGUUAUUAUCUUGAAAAAAAUAAUAAAUUAAUUAAUAUGUUUAAUCAAAAAAAUUAAUCUUAAUUAAUAAUCAAAUUUAUAUUCACUAACUAUUUUGCAAAAUGUUAUUUAUUAUUAUUUGAUUUCAUUUUAAUCAUUCAAUAAUUU